AUGCAUUGUGCAAAUCCUGCAUCACAUGGCCAUGAAAUCUGUGACCUUUCAGGGGAGGUCAAGGUGAAGAGGAGGCGUAAGGUCAUAUGCAGGGAACACAAGGAUGAGGUUAUAAAGCUUGUGUGUAAAGACUGCCACAAAGCUGUGUGUCAGACAUGUUGUGUUAUUUACCACAGGAAAUGUGAGUCAGUCGUUACCAUAGAGUCAAUGAUGCCAACAAUGAAAUUCCUCUUGAGAAAAAAUGCUGAACAGUUGUCAAAGAAAAUACAUAGAAAACAUACAAUUGUUCAGAAAGCAAUCAAGAAAAUUAGCGUAAUUGAGAAAAACAAAAUAGCAGUAGAAAGUCACUUCAAAUCUGCUGUUGAGAGAGCCAUCGCAAACAUCAAGCAUAAAGAAAAACAACUGAUGAAUGAAGUAAAGGAUAUUACAGACGAACAAACUAAGAAACUUAAAGCAGAUGUAAAACUUGAACAGAUUGAGACGCAGAUGUACAGACAACAUUGUGAGUUCAUUGACCAGGCCUUGGUAUCGAACUGUGAGAUGGACCUGUUUGACGCGUAUCAGGCCUGGGAGUCGGGGGCUGUAGAGUUGGGGGAUGUCAGGGACACAGACACAGCAGACACACGGAGAAUAGAUGACAUCAGGUUUACACCUGACACUGACAACGUCCAGCACAACUUAGAUGACCUACAGCUGGGGGAGAUUGAGGUCACAUACCAGGACCAGGGUACAUGUCUACCGUCUCCAGUGCUGGUUGACACGAUAGAUGGGAGGAUGGCGGAUGAUGAAGAGAAGCCUUAUCUAUGUGACGCCACAGUCCUGGUUGUAAAUGGUAUACAUGCAGCUAUAGUCUCUGACAGCGAAAACAAGUGUGUGAAGUCUCUGUCCACAAGAACCAAUUUGAAAUGCCACAGUAGACUUCCCCUGGAUGACUCUCCAUGGGGUGUAACACAGUUGAAGGAGAACCAGGUGAUGGUUGCUGUCCCUGACUCCAGUCAGACUGUAACUGUAGAAGUGACCCCUGACCUGGUGCUGCCCUCAACCAUCACAACAAGCAAGGAGUACUUCAGUCUAGCUGUUCUGAGUCCUUCAUCUCUAGCAGCAGGUACUACCGCCUGUAUUGAUAUCCUGGACAUGGCGGGACACGUGCUGAGAUCAGUCACUGCACACAACGAGACACUGUUUACCUACCCCGCCUAUAUGUGUGUCAACAACAAGAACAACAUAAUCGUGUCUGACUUGGAGAAGAAGUCUGUGACAUGUGUGACGUCAGAGGGGGAUGUUGUUUGGAGAUACGCCCCUACCGGAGACACAGCACCCAUCCCUUCUGGUAUCACAACUACUUCAACAGGAGACAUCCUGGUUGCUGGCAAGAACAAUGUGGUACAGCUGACAGAGACAGGGGAUCAUGGCACAGAUCAUCAGCACAUUGGCUAUGAUCCACGGGGGUUGUUUGUCGAUAGACAUGACACACUGUAUGUGUGUGAGGAAAGUCAUAUACACGAAAUCAACUUCAUGUAG